AUGAUGACCACCCUCUUCGGCGUCGUCGAGGCGAAGCUGCUGGCGUCGGCGGUGGACGGGCCGCUGCGCAUCGUCGACGCCGCGGGCGCGCCCGCGACGUGGGAUUCGAUCUCUCGCGCCUGGACGCUCGGCGACCUCUCCUCUGGCGGCGGGCAGGAGCAUCCGAUCGGCGCGCCCAUCGUCGCGGCCAUGCUCGGCGACGCGGCGCUGCUGCGCGAGGCCUUUGACGAGCGGGGUGCCGACGCGCGCGGCCUCUCCCGCCUCGUCGACGACGGAACGAGCAAGCUCGGCAUCACUCCCCUCGACCGCGCCGUCCGCUGCGGCCAUGCGGACGUUGUGAGGCUGCUGCUCCGCCACGGCGCGAGCGCCGUCGCGGAUGUGGAUGCGGCGAACCACGACGGCGCGACGCCGCUGCAUCUGUGCGCGAGCGGCUUCACGCUCUUUGGCUCGCAGGCGGGCAAGGCCGACGUGGCGAGGCUGCUGCUCGGCCAUGGUGCGAGGCGGGACGUCCGCAACCGAGACGGGCGCACCGCACUCGACGUCGCCGCCGCCGAAGCCAACGCCGCUGUGGCCGCGCUGCUGGGGGGAGGGUGUGGAUAG